GACAAAAGCUAUUUUGACUUGAAAAAAAAAAAAUUGAUGAAAUCAAAUUCCAUUUUGUAUUUAUAAACUAGAAAAACACUCCUAGCCAAUGAGAACAGAUGCCAAGAAGAAGGCCUAGGAACUCAUCCAGUCUACCUCUCGCUUAAUUUGAGAAAAUGAGCAUGGCAGAUAAAUGGAACCAAACUGCUCUAUUAGUCAUUGACAUGCAGAAUGAUUUUAUACUGGAGGAUGGAUUGAUGAAAGUGAAUGGAGGCAGAGCCAUUGUCCCAAAUGUGAUCAAAGCUGUUGAUAUUGCUAGGCAGCGUGGCAUCCUUGUUGUCUGGGUUGUCCGUGAACAUGAUCCACAAGGGAGAGAUGCCGAACUCUUUCGCCGACAUUUGUACUCUCCAGGAAAUGUGGGUCCCACCUCGAAGGGAAGUGUGGGAGCAGAACUGGUUGAUGGUCUUGUAAUCAAAGAAGGGGAUUAUAAGUUGGUGAAGACACGUUUCAGUGCAUUCUUUGCUACUCAUCUUCAUUCAUUUCUGGGUACUGAGGGAAUUAAGAGUUUAGUAAUUUCGGGGGUUCAAACUCCAAAUUGCAUAAGGCAGACUGUCUUUGAUGCGGUAGCUCUGGAUUAUCAACCUGUUACUGUUAUUGUAGAUGCCACUGCUGCUGCUACACCUGGCAUACAUGAUGCCAAUGUUUCUGACAUGAAAAAUAUAGGAGUUGCGACCCCAACAUUGCAGGAAUGGUGUGGUUCUGGUGCUUGACUCACCUCAUGGCCAUACGAGGUGCUGCUAUCUCUGAUUGUUCUUGUAUUGUAGCGUUCAGAAAUAAUAAUAAUAAUAAUAAUUGUGCUUGAAAGGAGCUAUUUGCGUGGUGUGGUGAGCUGUCAUGCGUUGCUAGUUUGUCGAGCAGCCAAAUAUAUGUCUAAAUUCUAGUGAGAUAGAGAAAAAAAAGUAAUGGAAUAUUCACAAUUCAAUUCUCUUUUCUGCUUA